AUGACGGACGGUACCAGUGACAAUAACAUUAAAAUCCCACCGUUCUGGCCCAACGAUCCUGAAAUAUGGUUCCUGCAAGUAGAAAACCAAUUUACACUGGCAAACAUAAAAAGUGACGCAACAAAAUUCAACUACAUAGUUGCUAAUCUCGAAACAGCUUACAUAUCAGAAGUUAAAUACAUCAUUGUGUUACCAUCAGCUACAGAGAGUGCGUCGGUGAAACGUGAACUAAACACGUUAGGCCUACCUAAAGGAACCAAGCAAGAUAAAUCCAAUGUUGUUUCGGUUGAUGAAUUAGCGAUUGGAAACUCUUUAAAUAAAAACGAACAAAUAAGUGAACCCAGCACAUCAACGAAUAAGGAAAAAGAAACAAAAUGGCCUGACGUUUGGACAGAAGAGAUGUGGACUCGUAAGAAGGAAACUUAUCCUUGGAUAGAUUGCAAAGAAGGUAAAUUAGGCUGCAAAGUUUGUUUUGAAGUCACAACUAUGGGUGCUUUUAAGAAAGAACACGUUUCUUUAAGUCAUGAGUGGCGCACAUUUCAAGUUAGCUGUUACGGCUCAAACCGAACUAACCAGCUCAAAUCACUUAGAAAAAAAAUUAUAGAGCACAAACAGUCCAAAGCACAUAGUACUGCUCAGGCCAUUGUUGAAUCCUCUCAUAAAAAUCCUAUUACGCAAUUAGUUGAUUCUGCAAAUACAGCUCACAUGGAAUCAACUAAAGCUAUUUUUAGGUCAGCUUACUACAUAGCUAAGAACGACCGACCAUAUAACGAUCAUUUCGGUUUAUUAGAACUUCAAAAACUAAAUGGAGUAGAUAUCGGUGUAGGCCUUCAUUCAAGAUACAGUGCUGUAGAAAUUAUUGAUCAUAUAUCAAAAGAGAUGAAGUUAAGAAUAUUGAAUAAGGUUAAGGAAGUUUCUGGGAAAAUUUCUAUCAUUAUUGAUGAAUCCACCAGCAUAAGUUCAAAGUCAGUACUCAUAAUUUAUUUGAAGUGUGAAAUAAGUAAAGAAAAGUCCCCUAACAUUUUGUUCUUAGAUCUAGUUGAACUUCCUGAUCAAAGGGCCGAAUCUGUUUUUAACAGUACACUUAAGUGCCUUGAACAAUAUGGGUUUGACAAUGGUUAUUUAAAACAGAACUUAGUUUCUUUCACAAGUGACGGGGCUAGUGUUAUGUUAGGGAAACACUCAGGAGUGGCAAAGAGGUUUUCAACUUUGUACCCUGAUAUAAUCGUUUGGCACUGUUUAAAUCACAGAUUGGAAUUGGCUAUUGGGGACGCAGUCAGCGAAGUGGCCGGAGUGAAUCAUUUCCAGAUAUUUAUGGACAAACUGUACUCGCUGUACAGCGCCUCUCCAAAAAACAAGCGUGAGUUAAAAGACUGUGCACAAGAACUUGACAUUCAGAUGAACAAAAUCGGAAGAGUGUUGAGCACAAGAUGGGUAGCCAGUAGCUUUCAACAUCGACUGAAAAAAGCAAAUAUAGUGGUUUAUUAA